AUGCGUCGCGCCCCCUUAGGCCUCGCUGGUCUCCUCCUCACCGCCACCGCCCUCCUCUUCCUCUUCUUCCUCAUCCUCUCCGGCGUCACCAACAGCACGCCCCUCAACAAGACCUACUUCCUCCAGGCCGACACCAGCGGCAUCACCGGCGCCCGCGAUGUCACCCGCUGGACCUACUUUUACAUGUGCGGCGAGGAGAAUGCCAACUGCGGCAAGGCGAGGCCCGCGCCGCCGUUUGGCAAGGCCUGGGAUGCUAAUGCGCAGAAUGUUCCCCAGGAGUUGAUGGGCUCACACGGAGGCGACACCACCUCGAGCUACUACUUUUACAUGUGGCGCUUCGGCUGGGUCUUCUUCCUCAUCGCCCUCUUCUUCACAACGCUCGCCUUCCUCUCCAGUUUCCUCGCCUGCUGCGGCCGCAUCGGCUCGCUCCUCGCCAGUCUCGCCGCGCUAACCGCGCUGAUCUUCUGGACCAUUGCCGCCGUCCUCAUGACGCCAUUUAUUAACAAGAACGCUAGUGUCACCUUCGUCAAGGCCCGCGACGUCUUCCGCCGAAACGGCCGCGACGCACACAUCGGCACAUACGCAUUCGCCUGGACCUGGGCCGGCUGGACGGCCCUCCUCCUCGCCACCCUGCUCUUCUGCGCCGGCAUCCGGAAGAAGAAGGAGAAUCGCGUGCGUGCCGCCGAUGAUGGCUUGGCCUACGGUGGCGCCACGUACGAUGCGGCGCCUCGUCAUAAGAGGUGGGGGAGGAAGUCGAAGGCGCGUGAUUCUAGGAGGGUGAAGAAUGAAUAUAAUUAG